ACUAUUAAUAUAAAAAUAAAUAAACUCAUCUGAUUAGUAAUUUAAUUAUUUUAUUAGAAAUAUUAUUUAAUUAUAUAAUUUAAUUUAUUUAAAUAAAUAAAAAUGCCACGAUUAAAAAUGCUUCCACGUACAUCACGUAUUGUUGCACUAUGUUCAGCAGCUAAUUUUAUAAAUGCUGCUGAUCGUGUUAUUAUGCCAAUAGCUAUUGUUCCAAUGACUGACGAAUAUAAAUGGAAUUUACAUUGGCAAGGUUGGAUACUAUCAGCAUUUGCAUUUGGUUAUUUUACAAGUCAAAUAAUAGGAGCCAAUACAGCAAAUAAAUUCGGUUGUAAAACUGUUUUAAUGUCUGCCGUAUUAUUAUGGUCAAUUAGUACAUUAAUAACACCAUUACUAGUUUAUUCAGUACCAUUAUUAAUUACUUGUAGAGUUAUACUUGGGCUAGGUGAAGGUUUAGGAUUACCCGUAAUAUUUCAUUUAUUCGCUCAUAGCGUACCUGUUGAAGAAAGAUCUCGAGCUUUUGGUUAUUUAGUCGCAGCUGGUUCUGUCGGCCAAGUUGUCGCAUCCAUUUUAUGUCCAAGGAUACCCUGGCAAGCAGGUUUUUAUUUUUUUGGUACCAUUGGAAUAUUUUGGACAUUAUUAUGGUUAGUGCUUUAUAAGGAAACAAAUUCACAAGAUGAAAUACCACUUUUUGUACCAAAGGUUAACCAAAAUAGAUCAUUACGUUGGACUGAAUUAAUAAGCCAUUGGCCAUUAUGGUCACUUUACAUAGCACACUUCGCUAUGAAUUGGAGUAAUUACAUUAUAAUGCAAUGGUUACCGACAUAUUUAUCAAGAAAUUUAUCAGCUAACAAAGAAAGUAUCAGUUUGACUGCAGUUCCUUAUAUUGUUAACUCACUUGUCGGCAUUGCUGCGGGACACAGUGCUGAUAAUUUCAUUCAAAAAAGAUGGUCAAUAUUGUCAGUAAGAAGACUAAUGACAAAUAUUGGUUUAAUAGGACCUGGUAUAUUUAUGUUGGCAUUUUGUGCUGUUGAUAAUUUACUUGCUGCUGUAAUAUUUAUAUCAAUAUCAAUGGGACUGUGUGCGUGUAAUUCAGCAGGACACUUGAGUAAUCACGCAGAAGUUGCACCAAAUCAUGCAGGUAUUACAUUCGCGAUCUCCAAUACGAUAGCAACAAUACCGGGGAUUCUUUGUGGACCUCUAACGGCUGAACUGGUAACAGCAUCAGGAGGAAGGUGGAUGCCUGUGUUUGUAUUAGCAGCGGCCAUUAAUUUUACUGGUGCUAUUAUUUAUCAAACUCAUUCAUCAGCACUACCUGUUCUUUAAUUUAUUAUUUAUUGUAAACCAUGAAGAAGACUAAGUUAUCAAUCAUUAAUGUUUUUUUGUACAUUGAAAUUUUACAUCAGGACAUUGAGAACAAGCUCAACAUAUCAACGGUCUGACAAACAAUUAUUGUAAUAAUUGUCAUGAUAUUUUUAUAUUUAAUUAAGAAGGACAAAGAAAAAAAAUGAUGACAAAUUUGUAAAAAUUUUGUUUUUAAAUUGUUACCACUUUGUAUAUAAUUCUUUAGAUAAAUAGGAUUAUGUUAUAAUGAACAUGUAAAUUAUGUAAAAUAAUAAUUAGUAUAAAUUCAAAAUGUCAUUUAUUAUUAAAACCGUUGUUAUUUUAAUAUUAA